CCUCGGACGUCUGAACAUCCCACCAACGGUGCCCAGCCCCAUCGUCAGCCGGUCCUGCAAGCAUUCAACCCCCCCUCGGUUUCUACAACGGAGUCUGAACCCUCAGUGCAGACACCGGCCGGCACGAGACGAGAUGCCAACUCUCCCUGCUUCCCCGCAUUAGCUGGCUGUUCAUUCCCCAUCCUCUUCCCUCCCCUUGCGUCUCAUCAGGCAAACAAUUGCUUCAUUGACCUCACCCUCCCCCCUCAGGAUACCUCUCACUCUCACCGAGAAUCCUUGGCAUUCUGCAUCCUCCCAGGGCCUUGCCCUUCAACAUCCACGUCAGUAAGAGGACAUGGCGCCUUCGGGUCACCUCCCCCGCGUGCGCUCUUCAGAGGCCUCAAUCGAGAAAGGCCGCGCAGCCUACGCGGACCAGCGCUUCCGUGUCGCCCUCGAGCACUUCACCCUCGUCGCCGGGAACUGCCCUUGCUCGAACCCCCGUGGCGGCAGCGGUGGUGGAGGCACCGCAGCGUCCGGAAGCUCGGUCGCCGACCAUCAACAGCGCCGCCGUCGGGAGCGAUGCACGUGCCGCGACUUCAGCGAGGCCGCCUCCCGGCACUGCCAUGAGAGGGGCAGCGUCUACGCUGAGGCGACUAAGGAGUGCAGGUGCGGCGCCGAGAAGACAUGGGGGCGCUGCCACCGCGAGGGCCACGUCCAGGCGCUCGACUACCGUGCCGCGUGCUUCGAGAAGAUGGGGAACCUGGACAAGGCGAGGAAGGAUGCCGAGUGGCUGUUGGAGAUUGCGCCGCGGAGGCUGGAGGGUUACAUGAGGUUGGGGAAGAUUUACAGGCUCGAGAAGAAGCCCGAGAUGGCAUGGGCCGCAUGGAGUGCCGGCAUCGAAGUCGGACAGAAUGAGGGGCUGAUCAGGACGGCCAAGUAUGAGCAACUUCGAAAGAUCCGGGAACCGCUGCAUAAGCACUUUUGCCGGAGGGAUCCUCUAGACCUACCAAUUGAAUUGAUCGAGAAGAUCUUUUCAUAUUUCGAAUUCCAAGAACUAUGCCGGGUAUCGGGCGUCUGCAAACGAUGGGACCAGUUCCUCGACACCCACCCCUACAUCUGGCGCGAAGUCCACUUCCCGACCCUGAACCCCCAGAAGCCGCCCAAGGUGUCGUUCCUCAAGACGCUCCGGAGGCGCACCGGCGGCGGCGCCCGCAGCCUCGUCGUGCCCAACGCCCACACCUUCCAGCUCAACGAGAGCAAGUGGCUGUCGCUCAUCCAGACGACGAACCCGCAGAUGACGAACCGCCUCGAGAUCGGCUACAUCAAGCGCAACCUCGAGGGCGACUGGGGGUACAAGCUGCCGCCGAAGCCGCUCUUCUUCCAGGGUGUCAAAGAGCUGCGCUUUAGCUUCCACGAGAUCACCAGACCUGAGUACCGCGGCCGCGGCGGCCCACAACCGUUCGUCAGGCAGUUUGUCGAGCGGGCGCGGGAGAACCUCGAGGAGAUCCUGCUCUUCAGCAUGUACCUGCAAGAUCUGGGCUGGCCCGAGCUGCCCCGUCUCAAGGUCCUCCAGCUGACCGGGCCCCUCAACUCGCCGGUGAACCAGCUGACCCCUGAACGUCGAAUCGAUCCUUUCGUCCUCGCCCGGGCAACGCCGAACCUGGAACAGCUCUACAUGGACAACUUCGGCGUCUUCACCGGCGUCGAUUCGUUGUCCCCGCCCGACGACUGCUGGUCCCUCUGGACGCGCCUGCAGGUGAUCAAGCUAGGCAAGGCGUGCGGCGCGCUCUCCAUGGGCGACAAGCGCCACUUCCCGCCGCUGCACCCGUCGUCCUUCCGCGUUCUAGACGCCCGCGCCGCGCACCAGGGCAACCACGGCGACUGGCUCCCGCAGCAGCUGCCCCUCGACUACUCGGGCUACCCAGCCGCCGAGGGCGCGGCCGACUCGUCGGCGCCCCUCGUCACGUACCCCAACCUCGAGCGGCUGUGGAUGCCGCGCCUGCCGCUCAGCGUCGACCUCGCCACCGUGCUCCUCGAGCCCGCCAUCCGUUCCGGGAGGCUGCGCGAGCUCGGCCUCUGCUGGCGCCAGGACCCGGGCCAGUUCUUCCCCGGCGCGCUGGCCUGGCUGCGCGGCGCCGCGUCGGUGCGCACGUUCGGCUUCUUCAACUUUGACUUCGAGUCGCACGCGGCGUUGACGCGCGACCCGGCGCACCGCGGCGUCGACCCGAUCGACCUGCUCUUCGAGUUUCUCGAGGCCUUCCCGAACCUCGAGGUGCUCGAGCUGCACUCGGAGCUGUGCGAGCCGCGCCGCAUCGGCGCCGUCAUCGAGCGCGUCGCGCGGCUGGGCCGGCUGAGGCGGGUCUAUCAGCGCGCGCUGACGGGCGUGCCCAUGGACCAGCUGCGGGCCUUUUGCGAGGCACACGGCGUCGAGCUGGUGUACGGCGGCUGGGACGACCUGUUCCCCGUCUCCUUGGAACCGCUGGGCCCCGUCGAGCCGGUCGAGGCCAAUAUGUCGGAUAUGUUGGCGUUGAAGGAGAACUGACUAACUAACCUAGAUUGUGGGUCGGCGUAUGUGGUUGAAUUUGUUGGGUUUCGAGGUUGUUUUUCACGAGGGCGGUUAGAUCUGAUCUCUCACACGGCAUGAGGCGCAGAGGAACCUGGAUGCUUGCUCCCUAUACUAGAUGAUAGUAAGGCGUUGUUUGUUACGAGAACAUGACUGGGAGUCGAGAAUAGGCGGACGAACCCUCCUCGUCCUUCCCACGCUGACACCCCAAACCGUUCGUUUUUUCCGUGAUACACAAGUUGAUAUUGCAAAAGAUAACCAGGUGGAUUGGGUGGUUGGUUAUUCAAGCUCUCUCGGCUACUAUUAAUCAAAAAAACAUGGCACACGGAAACAGGCUCUCGCUGUCGUGAUACCGCGGAGGGGUUUAAGAUUUCACAGUGGAAUUGACUAACAAUAGUCAUGUCAAAACGAAAAGGAGGACGAAAAAGGCCAUGUUCGCGAAGUAAGCCCGCUCUCGCACUCCCCAAGAUCCCCCUUGCCCCCAAACCUCCCACCCACGUCGGCGCCCACGUCUGCUCUCUCUGCUCGCGCGGCGUUUCGACAUUUGUCACCCAGCCCAGGCACCUGCCUCCAAACGCCGAUUUGGAUAUCCUUUCCCGUAAAGACAGUUUCGUUUCCUCC